AUGACCACCUCUUUGGUCCUGAAUCCUCGCUGGGCGGACACGGUUAUGUUUGUGUAUGAAAACAACUUGGAUGAGCUGAACAAGAACAUGGAAGGUCUGGUUGGUAGCGGCAAUUUCGCAGCCAACCAGUGCAGAAAUCUUAUGGCUCAUUCCGCCUUGGGGGGUCAUCCAUCCAGCCUAGUGCACAGCUCUAGCUAUUCCGCCGUGGAUGUACCUGGAUCAGGUUCCAGUGAAGCGGGCAAACAGUGCACACCUUGUCCAGGGGUACCUCAAGGCUCAUCCACGGGUCCUUUGCCUUAUGGCUACUUCGGUAAUGGCUAUUACCCCUGCAGAAUGGGGCGGGGUUCGCUGAAAUCCUGCACUCAGCCCAGUGCGCUUAGUUAUUCUGCAGAAAAAUACAUGGACACCCCCGUCACGUCUGAAGAAUACCCUAGCAGAGCCAAGGAAUUCGCAUUUUAUCAUGGUUACCCAAGCCCGUAUCAAUCUAUGGCGAGUUACCUGGAUGUCUCAGUAGUGCAGACUCUGGGAACGGGAGAGCCACGCCAUGACACCCUGCUGCCGAUGGACAGCUAUCAGCCAUGGGCUCUCACAAAUGGCUGGGGUGGUCAGAUGUACUGUUCGAAGGAUCAGAGUCAAGCUGGACAUCUGUGGAAAUCCGCUCUAGCAGAUGUAGUGGCUCACCAGCAUGACGGGAACUCCUUCCGCCGUGGUAGAAAGAAAAGAAUACCCUAUACGAAGGUGCAGCUAAAGGAAUUGGAAAAAGAAUACGCCGCCAACAAAUUCAUCACGAAAGACAAGAGGAGAAAGAUUUCCGCCGCCACCAACCUGUCUGAGCGACAGAUCACGAUCUGGUUUCAGAACAGGAGGGUAAAAGAAAAGAAAUUCGUCGCCAAAGUCAAGACCACCGCGCCGUAAACAGGGAGGAACGAGUGGCCAUGGCGCGUGAGACUUUCUUGUUUUUUCCCCCUCAAUGACUUUGAAGAAGUGACGGAAAGAAAGUCAUCGUGGUGCUCUGUCGAAUCUGGGCUCAAAAUGUUUGUUGUCCACGCAGUUGCAUCGUAGAGUAUCCUCGAAAAGAAAGAUGGGUUAUCGGAAGAAAAAUAAAAAAAACUGUAAGGACUUUAUUUUAGAGGCCUGUAUAUACAGCACGUGCCUGCUCUAAUGUAUGACAAUAAUGUUCUCUUACUUCUUGAAAUUGUGCUUUUACUUGUAUUUUACUGCAUUUAAAUGUUAUGUGUGUCUGUUGUUGUUGCUGCAGUAGUUUAGAAAAAUAUAUUGUGCUAUCAAUAAUACCCCUAAUCUAUACUGUUUAUAACGCCUGUAA